AUGUCUGCCCUGAUGGUCAACUCCGAGAAGGGCUACAUCCCCGCCUCGGAACGUAUUCCUGUCAUUGCUCGUCCAUUUGUCAGUGAACGGGCUAAGAAGACAUUGGAUCUGGUCGAGAAGUUUGUCGAGGAAGAAUGUAUUCCGGCCGAUACUGUAUACCACCAGCAGAUUGGCGUUGGUGUUAAGGAACGCUUCACUUCUCAUCCGCAGAUCAUAGAGGAUCUUAAGGCUAAAGCGAAGAAACUUGGUCUGUGGAACUUGUUCCUACCCAAAGCACACUUCAGUGAGGGAGCUGGUUUCUCGAAUCUGGAAUAUGGUUUGAUGGCGGAAUACCUCGGCAAAAGUAGGACAGCUCCCGAGGCGACUAAUUGCGCUGCUCCUGAUACUGGUAACAUGGAGGUUUUGGCAAAGUACGGAACUGCCGAGCAAAAGAAGAAGUGGCUUGAGCCACUGCUAGAUGGCAAAAUCAGGAGUGCAUUCUUGAUGACAGAGCCCGAUAUUGCCAGUAGUGAUGCGACAAACAUUUCUUUGAGUAUGCGCCAGGAGGGCAACGAGUGGGUAUUGAACGGCUCUAAAUGGUGGAGUAGUGGUGCUGGUGAUAUUCGGUGCCAGAUCUAUAUCGUCAUGGGCAAGUCAGACCCAAACAACCCCAAGCCAUACAAACAGCAAUCCGUCAUCCUUGUUCCCGCAGACACACCCGGUAUCACAAUCAAGCGUAUGCUUUCUGUCAUGGGCUUUGACGAUGCUCCUCACGGCCACGGUCACAUCGUCUUCAACAAUGUUCGCGUACCUGUGAGCAACAUGGUGAUGGGUCCCGGCCGUGGCUUCGAGAUUAUCCAAGGACGUCUUGGACCUGGUCGUAUCCAUCACGCUAUGCGCAGCGUUGGCGCCGCGGAAAAGGCACUCGAGUGGAUGCUCGCCCGCAUGAGCGACGAGAGGAAGAAGCCCUUCGGCAAGCUUCUGUCUGAGCACGGUGUGAUGCUCGACCGUGUUGCUCGUUCCCGCAUUGACAUUGAUGCCGCACGUCUUGCUGUGCUAAACGCAGCGAUCAAGAUCGAUGAGACCAAUGCCAAGGGCGCGCUCAAGGAAAUCGCCGAAGUCAAGGUCCAAGUGCCAGAGACUUUACUGAAGACCAUCGACUGGGCGAUGCAGGCUUACGGUGCUGCUGGUGUAUGCCAAGAUACACCAUUGGCCAACAUGUACUCUAUUGGCCGUACGAUGCGUAUUGUUGACGGGCCUGAUGAGGUGCAUCUACUCCAGCUUGGCCGCAACGAGAACAAGAAGGGCAAAGCGCACAAAUCGAGAAUCGAAGCUCAGGCGGCCAAGAGUGACGAACUCCUAAAGCAGUAUGGUCUUGAGAAGAAGGACGUUUUGCAGCUUAACCGCGUCUCCGGUGGCAAGUCCAAACUGUAA